AUGGAGGCGGCGGCGGGGCUGCGGGGGGCGCUGCGGGCGGUGCUGGCCGGGCUGCCAGGCGGCGGCGGACAGGCCCCGGCGGCGGCGGCAGAGGCGAGCCUCGAGGGCGGCUUGGAGCGGGCGGACGUGUGGGCGGAGGCGCUGGCGGCGGCCUCCCGGGCAGCCACGCAGCUCAGCCUGGCCGCCGCCUCGGGCCCGCAGGUGAGUCGGGGCGGGGGGGCAGGCAGGGAGGGUCUGGCGGGGGCUUCCCGGGGGCGGCCCCUUCCCUCCUCUCCCUUCUUCUCGCAGGACCUGGAGCUGCUGAGCGGGGAGGCGGAGAGGGCGGUGCUGGCGGCGGCCGCCGUCUAUCAGGGCCUGCCCGAGGACCGAGGGAGGACGCUGCGCCGAGCCGUGGGUGCCGCCGUCGGGGAAGUGGCCGAGGGGCUGCUGCGCCUGACCGACGCCCUCCACCUGCUCCUGGCCAGCCCGUCGGCGGAGCAGCAGCGGCGGGUAGCCACGGGGGGCGUGUGGGAGGCCUGCGAGCGCGCAGCCGCCCUGCCGCGAGACCCGCCGGCGGCCGUGGCCUCGGCCCUCGCCUCCUGCCUGGCCGUCGUGGGAGAUGCCCUGCGGGAGAUGGAGCAGGCUCUGGUGGAAGGUGGCGGUCCCUACCAGGAUGUCCCAGAAGAGGAGGAGGAGGAGGAAGAGGUGGCCCCCCGGGGGAACAGAGAGGUCUGCUGGUCAGAGGCUGACCGGCGGCUGCUGGACCCUUGUGUGGGGCUAGUGAAGGCGGCCAAAGCGUGCCUGAAGAAGAUACUGGGGGCCGUGAAAGCCUUGGGCAAAGCGGACACGGCGGAGCAGGUGGCUCAGCUGGAUGACCUCGCAGAUGCCGCAGGUGAUGUCAGCCCCAGUGUGGAUGAGUUGGUGCUCAGCAUAUACCCUCCUGUGAAUCAGCUGACUCUCCGGCUGAACGCUGCCAAGCUGGCUGCGGUGUUAAAGAAGAUGCUGGAGGUCACCUGGGCCAGCCAUGUGUGUGUUCCCUCUGAAGAGAGCUGGGUGCAGUUCCUCUCUGGAGCCGUCGAUCACAACAUGGACAAGAUCAAGGAGUUGACUCAAGGGGGACUUUGAUGUGGCAUGUGGGGCUCUGCCCCACUGGGGAGGGGAAGGAGGAGUUUCUGAGGCUGCAGGUGAGGGAGACACUUUCCCGGUGGUGGAGGUCAGGUGUGAAGGAGGCGUUCUGCGGCGUGAUUGGAGGAACCCUGAGCAAUAAAGAACCAUUGGAGCCA